GUUCUAUGAACGCGUAUCAUUAGAAACGCGCCUUUUUUUUUUUUUGUGAACAAAACAAUAUUAAAAAAAAAAUUUUUUUUCCCCCAUUCUUGAACAGUAUAAACAAUGUCUUCAAGAGAAUCAACACCUUUGAGUAGCUCAGGUGUAGAUGAACUUCAUGAAGACACUGUCACUGAUAAAGAUCUUCGAGCUCUACUAAGAAGAGAGAUCGAUCUACAACUUCAAAUCGAUGCUAUUCAAGCUGAAAUUCAACAAUUAGAAGAGCGUUUGGGUACUAAAGUUGAAGAGGAAGUAGAAGAGCAAGAUUUGGAAGAAUUUGAAGCACCUGAAUGGUGUAUACCUAUUAAAGCUAAUGUCAUGACAUUUGAUUGGGAUUCUUUAGCAAAAGAAGUACAAUUUGAUGUCAUUGUAACUGAUCCACCAUGGCAACUUGCAACUCAUGCACCUACUCGAGGUGUUGCUAUUGCAUAUCAACAAUUACCUGAUAUUUGUAUUGAAGAUAUUCCUAUACCCAAACUCCAAAAGAAUGGCUUCCUCUUCAUCUGGGUCAUUAACAACAAAUAUGCAAAGGCUUUUGAAUUAAUGGAGAAAUGGGGAUACACCUAUGUGGACGAUAUUACUUGGGUUAAACAAACAGUGAAUCGUCGUAUGGCAAAGGGACAUGGAUAUUAUCUUCAACAUGCAAAAGAAACAUGUCUUGUAGGUAAAAAAGGUGAUGACCCACCUAAUUGUCGUCACUCUGUUGGAUCCGAUGUCAUCUUUUCAGAAAGACGAGGACAAAGUCAGAAACCAGAAGAAUUAUAUGAAUUAAUCGAAGAAUUAGUACCUAAUGGAAAAUAUUUGGAAAUCUUUGGUAGAAAGAACAAUUUACGAGAUUAUUGGGUUACAAUUGGCAAUGAAUUAUAAAAUAAAAGGAAAAAAAAUGGGAGUUUAUUAUUAUUAAGAGUAAAAUAUACGAUGACAAUUGAUUCUUGUAGCAGUUAUUUGUGACAUGAGUAAAUUAUGUCUUUCGUUACAUUUGUCAAUAUAUUGCAUGACAUCUGUUAAUGUUCUUGGGGAUGAUUGUAAAGAGUCUAGAUCACCACUUAUUAAUUGCUUUAAAGUGACAUAAAUAGUUGUAACAGGCUUUUGAAUGACAACAGCUUCAUCAUCAAGUUGUAUCAAGUUUACCUCUUCUUCUUUAUUGAAUUGAUCCAUAAUAAUAAUAAUGAUGAUGAUGAUGA